AUGACUACGAACCGGGGUGCACGCGACUCCAAGUUAGAGCAGGAUAUUCAAGAUGUCACCGAUCCUAGAGAUUUUUUACAAACCUCGCUUCCACAAAUGAUGGAUAUCGACACACUAUUAAGAUGCCAUAUCUGCAAGGAUUUUAUUAAAAUUCCUGUACUGACCCCUUGCGGACACACUUUCUGUUCCCUAUGUAUAAGAGAAUAUCUCAAUCGAGAACUUAAAUGCCCUUUGUGCUUGGCUGAGUUGAGGGAAUCAAUGCUCAGAAGCGAAUUUUUGGUCAAUGAAAUCAUAGAAAGUUAUAAGCAGGCUAGGGUCCACUUGCUAGAAGCUCUGCAUAAACACAACAAAUCAGUGGCAGCUCAAGACGAAGAUUUCACUAUUGAGAUAGCUUCCGGUGACAAUGAGGAGGAGGCAAGCGAUGACGAUAUAAAGAUCAUUGAGACAAGGGCCAGUAGGCCCGCCAAAAGAGUCAUAGGUACUGUCACUUCCGGAGGGAAGAGAGCUCGACAAGAACUUGGAAAUUCGGGGAUAACUGCGAUGUUUGGGAAAUCAAAGGAAAAAGCCCAAGGGGAAACAGCUUCAUGCCCAAUUUGCAACAAAUCAUUCUCAUUAGACUAUUUGCAAAGAACGCAUCUCGACGAUUGCUUGGUGUCAAUGAAUUCAGCGGUGAAAACUGAGUAUAAGCCCACAUCUGAACCGGAAACUAAGUCCAAAAGCCCAGGAUUUGAAUCACACAUUACCAAGCAUACAAAUAGGUACCUAGAAUCAGGACAGAACAAAAACUCAGCGAGACUACCGAAGUUGAAUUUCCCAUCAAUGAGCCAAAGUCAACUCAAACAGAAGCUAUCAUCUUUAUCGUUACCGGUUAAUGGAAAUAGACAGCAAAUGAUCAAUAGAUACAAUCACUUCGAAAUGCUGUGGAAUAGCAAUUUCCUAGAUAGCAUGGAACCGGUAAGCGAAAGGGAUCUUAGAAGAAAGCUAGCUAGUUGGGAAGCGUCUCAUAAUAAUGGCGAUAAUAUUCAGGGGAAGAGUUCAAUUUCCACCAUGCUAAGUGGCAAGACUACUCUGUCUAGGCUCAAAGACUUCAAAAAUGAUAGGUUUGAUAGAAAAGGAUGGAUUAGAGCCCAUCGUACAGAGUUCCAAGAGCUUCUUAUGGAAGCAAGAGAUAGUUUGAAAAAGAUGAAAAACUCAGAACAAAGUUCGACUUCACACUCAAUGAAUAAGCCGCUCUUAGAUCAAGUUAUACCAGAUUCUAAAGAUGUCCAGUUGCAAGAAAUGCAAACGGAAACGGAUCAACUGAGGGAGGAGCCCUCAUCGAGAAUAUAG